GGAUCAGAGCUCCACACACACCGGCAACAAACACACACACACACUCCCUCUCCGAGCAGGACAGCACAGCCCCUGGCUCGGCAGCCCGCGGCAGCGGAGGGUACAUCCAGGCUUCCAGGCGCCGCAGCCCGCCGUGACAGUGGACCUAACGUCGCCUUAUUUUGUGGACAUGGGAGACAUGGGGGAUCCGCCGAAAAAGAAGCGGCUGGUGUCUCUGUGCGUGGGCUGCGGGAACCAGAUCCACGACCAGUACAUCCUGCGGGUCUCCCCGGACCUGGAGUGGCACGCCGCCUGUCUCAAAUGUGCCGAGUGCAGCCAGUACCUGGACGAGUCCUGCACGUGCUUCGUCAGGGACGGAAAGACUUACUGUAAACGGGACUACAUCAGGUUAUACGGGAUUAAAUGCGCUAAAUGCAACAUCGGCUUCAGCAAGAACGACUUCGUGAUGAGGGCCCGCUCCAAGGUCUACCACAUCGAGUGUUUCCGCUGCGUGGCCUGCAGCCGGCAGCUCAUCCCUGGGGACGAGUUCGCUCUGCGGGAGGACGGGCUCUUCUGCCGGGCCGACCACGACGUGGUGGAACGGGCCAGCCUGGGCCCCGGAGACCCGCUCAGCCCGCUGCACCCCGCCAGACCGCUGCAGAUGGCAGCAGAACCAAUCUCGGCCCGGCAGCCCGCGCUGCGGCCUCACGUCCACAAACAGCCGGAGAAGACCACCCGGGUCCGGACGGUGCUAAACGAGAAGCAGCUGCACACGCUGCGGACUUGCUACAACGCCAACCCGAGGCCCGACGCCCUAAUGAAGGAGCAGCUGGUGGAGAUGACCGGCCUCAGCCCGCGGGUGAUCCGCGUCUGGUUCCAGAACAAGCGGUGCAAGGACAAGAAGAGGAGCCUGCUGAUGAAGCAGCUGCAGCAGCAGCAGCCCAACGACAAGACGAACAUCCAGGGAAUGACGGGAACCCCGAUGGUGGCCGCCAGUCCGGAGCGGCACGACGGCGGCAUCCAGGCCAACCCGGUGGAGGUGCAGAGCUACCAGCCGCCCUGGAAGGUCCUCAGCGACUUCGCCCUGCAGAGCGACAUCGACCAGCCGGCCUUCCAACAACUGGUCACUUACUCAGAGGGAGGACCGGGCUCCAACUCAACGGGCAGCGAGGUAGCGUCCAUGUCGUCUCAGCUUCCAGACACGCCGAACAGCAUGGUGUCCAGCCCCAUCGAGGCCUGAGCAGGCGCCGCAUGGACGGACUGAACUGAACACACAGUCCCUGUUCAUCCCACCCCUCCCGACUGCACCAAACAACCCCCCUGGUUGUAGUUUGACACUGUGAAGACAAUCAUGGGAUUUUACCCCAGCACCCAUUCUAAUGUCCAUCCAGAAGAGACGGAAGGAUGCGUCGUCACGGCCGGUGCUGCACUUUCACACGCCUGGUUCCAGUUGCCAAAACGAGAAGACAUGACCCUGACUCCGCCGACGACCGGGACCUCCGAGCGGGGACACAUCCGAACCCUGUCCCUGCAAACGCUGUGCGCUACUCUGAAUAGAAAUCGACGACUGGUGAUUUUUUUGAAUUCGAUACAUGCACCUCAUUCUAUAAGAGAGCAUCUGGAGGGGAACGGCACUGCUUUUCUUCAUUUAAUUCCACGGUUUCCGUCAUGACCCAAGUACUAAAGCAUUUGCAACAAGGUAUACCUCUAUUUUGCCACAAGCUCCGUGGGACAUUUGUGUGAGUUAGUGUCCGUCCGAGAAUUUUUUUUCUUUCCCAAAGAUGUGUAUAAUUAAUAAUAAGUUAACAAUACCGUUAGCUCUGGAAGAAAAGGUUUCGUUUGUUCCCGUGCAACAAAAAUUAUUUAUUAUUUAUUGUCGACAAAUUUGCCACCUUUUGUGUAACUUUCUUAACUGAAGUAAAAAGAAACAAAAAAAGA